GACGUUUUGGAACUAAAGAAUCGAUGUCAGGCAGAAAUAACGGGUCUAAUGAUCUUUUAGACCCCUUAAUCAUUAGAGUUAUUUUUAUUAGAGUUGUAUGAUCAAUUUAUUAUAUCAAAUUAUAGUUUUUAUAAUUAACAAGAUGAUUAAAAUUUGCCAUAUGAUUGCCAUAAUAAAUGCCAUAUGUAAUGAAUUUUAAACAAAAAUUAGUCAAUUUCCAAAUGUCAAACUGUGUUUGGUUGAUUCAUGUUGCAGUAGCUUUUAGUUUAGGUUAGGUUCAAGUGUUAUUGUUUACAAAUCGAUUGCCAACAAAUUACCACAAUGUUACGUCCGUGGAAAUCGGCCGACAAGAGUAUCAGGAAGAAUGUGUUAAAGCCAGGCAUAUUUACCAAAAAACCAACUGAAUGCUCCAUAUGCAACGUUCUCAUGGAAAACAUAAAUAUCAUGGAAACAUCGGAAGAUAUAUUAAAAGAAAAGUAUCAUACAAAUAUCUUCGUCAGUGAAGGCGAGAAGGUAUUAGUUAUAGGCGAAGCAUGUGCAGAAAUUGAUAGGAAAGUCGAGAGAGCUAUUCAAAUGAUGAAUAUCUACGAGAGGAGUCUUGUUACUAUUAUUAUGCCAUCACAGUCAGAAGUUAAAAGUGAAUCUGUGUCAGUCAAAUUUGAGAUAACAUUGACAAAAUGUGAAUGGUACAAGCCAAUCUGGGAAUGGAGUCCAGAGGAAAAAUAUGAGGUAGCUUUGAAAUACAAAGAAAUAGCUGUCAAAUUGUUCAAGAGUUCUAGAUUCGUCGAUGCGUUUCACAAGUUUAGCAGAGCUUGUAAAAUCCUGAUAACAUUGGAGCCAAUAUCAGACUUAGAAUUGGACAAACAUUUGGAGUUCAAUAUUAAUAAUUUGAGACUGACAUUAUACAACAACAUGGCUAGAUGCCAGCUGAAUCAGAAGAACUUUGAGCAUACAGUUGCUCUGUGCACUAAAGUAUUGAACAAGGAUAAAAACAAUGUUAAAGCUUUGUAUAGAAGAGGAGUAGCAUAUGGAAGUAUGAAGGAUAAUGAAAAAGCUGUGGCAGACUUAAAAGUAGCACUGACCUUAGAGCCUAAUAAUCAUACAGUGAAAGAACAGUUUCAUAUUUAUAACACUAGAUUACAGGAAGCAACUCAGAAAUGCAAUGACAUGGUGAGAAAAAUGUUUAAGCCUUGACCAGUAAAAAAAGAAACUUUUCAGGUACCAUGUCUUACUAUAAGCAAAUUCUGUAAAUUUAAAUAUGUCUGCUAAUUUAGAAGGAAAAAGUAAAGUACAUUUAUUUUAUAAAUAGAAAAA